AUGGCAAUCACCAUCUGGCUUGCUGGUUGGUCGUGGCGGACUCUCAUCACUUUCUGCAUUUCCAUCACACUUGUCGUCAGCCAAGACCUAGUCUCAGCUCACAAUGAUGGCAGACUAUCUGAAUGGAUUAAUCAGAUCAACUCACACUGGUCAAGCAUGAUCUAUUCAAACUAUAACCCAUUAAACUCGGUGGUUUCACUGACACACCAUCAAGACAGUAACUUUGAUGUCCCCUGUCAGCCCAUUCUGACGCUCAGCUUUCAAAUUGUAGGAUUAAAAUGUGAAGGAUGUGCUGGACUAGUCAAAAACUCUAUCAGUAAACUUGCUUAUAUUCAUGACGUUCGGGUAUCUUUUGAAAGCAAAAUGGUCAUGGUGUCCUACGUUGCAGCAGACAACACCGAUUCAACAGCAGUUUCUAGAUCCGUACUGGAAGCCAUUUCCAAAGUAGAUCUGACAUAUCGUGCUUGGCUAGUUAAAUCUGAGCAAACUGGAUGUCGAGAUAAAUAA